AUGUUAAGUAGAGUUUUAAGGAGAGGAUUUUGUUAAAUGAAAGCUUAACAAAGUUCUCAUGAAGAUUUAAAAUAAGCUAUGAUUAAAGCUUCUUUACUUCAUGUUAAUAAAUUUGGUUGGAAUUAAAAAGCUAUUUAAGCUGGUUGUAAUGAUUUGAACUUAAGCAGCGCAUCUCAUGGGAUUUUACAAAAUGGAGCUUAUGAUUUAGUAGAUUAUAUGAUGAGAGAAUGGAAUAGAAAAACUUUAAUUUAAUUGCGUGAAACAGACUUAGAAGCUAUGAAAGUUAGAGACAGAAUUUAUUUAGGUAUUAAAUUUAGAUUAAUGUAGUAAAUUCCUUACAUAAAUACAUGGAAUGAAGCUAUGGCUCUUGGUGUUUUACCAAAAAAUGUUUCUACUACAACAAGUAAUUUAUGGAAAAUAGCAGAUGAUAUUUGGUUUUUAUCAGGAGAUAGAUCUUAUGAUUACAAUUAUUAUACUAAAAGAACUCUUUUAUUGGGUGUUUAUGCCUCUACAGAAUUAUUCAUGCUUACUGACAAAUCUAAAGAUUUUUCAGAGACAUGGAAAUUCUUGGAUAGAAGAAUAGAUGAAGUUCUUACAGCAGGAUAGAGCAUUCAUAAUAUAAAAAAUUUGGUGUUUGCUGCUGGAAAGGGUUUGCUUGAUAUGUCAACUAUGCUUAAAGGAUUUCCAGAAAAAGUAGAAAAUGAUAUUACAGAAAUUAAAAGAUAGUUUAGUGAAAAUAAUUAAAAUAAUAACUAAAAAUGA